UGCGCAUUGCCGGGUUGACGACACGUUGGGGCAACAACAGCAUGGCGGACGAGGGAAAGGAAAUCGUGAAGCUAAACACAGAUGAAACACUCGAAGGUUCGAGUAGUGAUAAUGAUAACAGUCACGUUAAUAGCGCUGAAAACGAUGAGACAGUGAAGACCUUCAAGGACCUGGGUGUUACUGAAGUUCUCUGUGAGGCUUGUGAUCAGCUGGGAUGGAAGAGUCCAACAAAGAUUCAGAUAGAGGCUAUACCAGUGGCCCUGCAAGGGAAGGAUGUUAUUGGCUUGGCAGAGACUGGUUCAGGAAAGACGGGUGCCUUUGCUCUGCCCAUCCUCCAGUCACUGCUGGCCUCGCCUCAGAGGCUUCAUACCCUCGUCCUCACCCCCACUAGGGAGUUGGCAUUCCAGAUCUCAGAGCAGUUUGAGGCCUUGGGCUCCAGCAUUGGUGUAAAGUGUGCUGUCAUAGUAGGUGGGAUUGACAUGAUGUCCCAGUCCUUGGUGUUGGCCAAGAAACCACACAUUGUUAUUGCCACACCUGGUCGGUUGAUAGACCACAUGGAGAACACGAAGGGCUUCUCCCUCCGAGCCCUGAAGUUCCUGGUCAUGGACGAAGCAGACAGAAUCCUCAACAUGGACUUUGAGACUGAGGUGGAUAAAAUCUUAAAGGUGAUUCCCAGAGAGAGGCGCACCUUCUUGUUCUCUGCCACCAUGACCAAAAAGGUCCAGAAACUACAGAGAGCAGCUCUGAAGGAUCCUGUGAAGUGUGCGGUUUCGACCAAAUACUCUACAGUUGACAAACUACAACAAUACUACAUCUUCAUACCAUCCAAGUACAAGGACUGUUACUUAGUUUCCAUCUUGAAUGAACUGGCUGGGAACUCGUUUAUGAUUUUCUGCAGCACAUGUAACAAUGCCCAGCGGGUGGCGCUGUUGUUAAGGAACCUUGGCAUCACUGCUAUCCCUCUUCACGGCCAGAUGAGUCAGAAUAAACGUCUUGGAGCACUGAACAAGUUCAAGUCCAAGUCUCGAUCUGUGCUGCUGGCAACCGAUGUGGCAUCCAGAGGGCUGGACAUUCCUCAUGUUGACUGCGUCAUCAACUACGACAUCCCCACUCACUCCAAGGACUACAUUCAUAGAGUCGGCAGAACAGCCAGAGCAGGCCGGUCUGGGAAAUCCAUCACUUUUGUCACUCAGUAUGAUGUGGAGCUUUUCCAGCGAAUCGAAAGCCUGAUUGGGAAGAAACUUCCUGCCUUCCCUACCCAGGAAGAAGAAGUGAUGAUGCUGGUGGAAAGAGUGAGCGAAGCCCAGAGAUUUGCCAGGCUGGAAAUGAAAGAGCAAGGUGAGAAAAGAAAAAGACCCAGAGGAGGAGAUGGAGAUGAAGAUGACACAGAACAAGCAAGCGGAGUGAGGAAGAAAGUGAAAGGAGGAGGAGGGGGAGGAGGGAAAAAGAAUAGGGGUGGAGGAGCCUGGAGGGGAGGGCGCUGAAGCCUUCAACAUGAACAGACUGUACAUAACCACAACAUACAAUGCCUUUUCUGUUUUUGGUGUAAAACCUGAUUAUGACAACAGCAUGUUUUCCAGUAUUUAGAAUGAAAGCAAAUGACUAUUUAAUUACAGAAAACUUUUCCUUGCCCCUUCCAUGAGAUUUUUUCCAUUUGUAAUAAAAUUCCACAGUAAAACCAAAA